GGUUGUCAAACCGAGCUAGUGUUGAAUUUUCCCCCUACAAAAACAGCCAGAAGCUUCAGCUUUAACCCCACUCUGCUGCAGUGAACCCCACCAUCAAUUGCAUCGCGUCUUUGCUACCCCGCCGUCAUAUCCCUGUCAAAUUGCAGCCCACGCGCAAGCGCCCCUCCUGCCUUUUUGUCUCGUUGUGUGCUAUACAUUUCUCCCCUUCCUCCGGUCCUCUUCUCUGCGUUCUUGUUAGGUUUUCUUCCCCCAAAACCACAGCCGGAGGCGCACCAAUUGAGUCACCAUGGCGGCCGAGAACGCAACCAACAAGUACGAGGAGGUCUUCGAGGAUGGCGACAUCCCCAAAGAGGCCCAGACGGUGCACCGCAUCCGGGCGAACUCUACCAUCAUGCAACUGAACAAGAUCUUGGUUGCGAACCGAGGUGAAAUUCCUAUUCGUAUCUUUAGAACAGCUCACGAACUCUCCCUCCAUACCAUCGCUGUCUUCAGCUAUGAGGACCGUCUUUCUAUGCACAGGCAGAAGGCCGACGAGGCAUACGUUAUUGGCAAGCGCGGCCAAUACACUCCGGUUGGCGCCUAUCUCGCUGGCGACGAGAUUAUCAAGAUCGCGGUUGAGCACGGCGCACAGAUGAUCCACCCCGGUUACGGCUUCUUGUCAGAGAACGCCGAGUUCGCUCGCAAGGUCGAGAAGGCAGGCCUUGUUUUUAUUGGGCCAACACCGGAUGUGAUCGAGGCCCUGGGUGACAAGGUCUCGGCAAGGAAAAUUGCGAUCGAGGCCAAGGUACCCGUUGUGCCGGGUACGGAGGGCGCCGUCGAGAAAUUCGAGGAAGUCAAGAAGUUCACAGACGAGUAUGGCUUCCCCAUUAUCAUCAAGGCUGCCUAUGGCGGUGGUGGUCGUGGUAUGCGAGUCGUGCGCGAGGAGAGCUCUUUGAAGGAAGCGUUCGAGAGAGCUACUUCCGAAGCAAAGAGCGCCUUUGGUAACGGCACCGUAUUUGUUGAGAGGUUCCUCGACAAGCCCAAGCACAUCGAGGUUCAACUUCUUGGCGAUAAUCACGGAAACAUUGUCCACCUGUACGAGCGUGACUGCUCCGUUCAGCGGAGACACCAGAAAGUCAUUGAGGUCGCCCCGGCCAAAGAUCUUCCCCAAGAGGUGCGGGACGCAAUCCUGAAUGACGCUGUGCGCCUGGCAAAGUCGGUCAAUUACCGCAACGCUGGCACGGCCGAGUUCCUGGUUGACCAGCAGAACCGCUACUACUUCAUCGAGAUCAACCCACGUAUCCAAGUCGAGCACACCAUCACCGAGGAGAUUACCGGCAUUGACAUUGUCGCUGCUCAGAUCCAAAUUGCGGCUGGCGCAACACUCGAACAACUGGGCCUUACCCAGGACCGCAUCUCCACCCGCGGGUUUGCCAUCCAGUGCCGUAUCACGACUGAGGACCCGGCCAAGAACUUCCAACCGGAUACGGGCAAGAUCGAGGUCUACCGCUCCGCUGGCGGCAACGGUGUGCGCCUCGACGGUGGUAACGGCUUUGCUGGCGCUGUCAUUACACCUCACUACGACUCCCUCCUUGUGAAGAUGACCUGCCAUGGCUCCACAUACGAGAUCGCCAGGCGCAAAUCUCUUCGUUCACUCGUUGAGUUCCGCGUGAGGGGGGUGAAAACCAACAUUCCCUUCCUGGCAACAGUCCUGACGCAUCCCACGUUCAUUGAUGGGAACUGCUGGACUACCUUCAUUGACGAUACGCCGUCGCUGUUCAACCUUGUCAGCAGCCAGAACCGUGCGCAAAAACUGUUGGCAUACCUCGGAGAUGUCGCGGUCAACGGAAGCAGCAUCAAGGGCCAGAUUGGCGAGCCCAAGUUCAAGGGCGACAUCAUCAUCCCUUCGCUGUUUGAUGACGCUGGAAAGAAGAUCGACACCUCGCAGCCUUGCACCAAGGGCUGGCGUAACAUCAUUCUGGAGCAGGGUCCCAAGGCCUUCGCCAAAGCCGUCCGCAACUACAAUGGCUGCUUACUUAUGGACACGACCUGGCGUGAUGCCCAUCAGUCGUUGCUCGCCACUCGUGUGCGGACUAUCGACCUCCUGAACAUCGCCAAGGAGACCAGCCAUGCUCUUUCCAAUCUCUACAGCUUGGAGUGCUGGGGCGGUGCCACUUUCGAUGUCGCCAUGCGCUUUCUCUACGAAGACCCGUGGGAUCGUCUCCGCAAAAUGCGCAAGCUCGUGCCCAAUAUUCCUUUCCAGAUGCUGCUGCGUGGUGCCAACGGGGUCGCCUAUGCCUCCCUCCCGGACAACGCUAUCGAUCACUUCGUCGACCAGGCGAAGAAGAAUGGCGUCGACAUCUUCCGCGUCUUUGACGCACUGAACGACAUCAACCAGCUUGAGGUCGGUAUCAAAGCGGUCCAGAAGGCUGGCGGUGUCUGCGAAGGCACGAUUUGCUACAGCGGUGACAUGCUCAACCCUGCUAAGAAGUACAACUUGGAGUACUACUUGGACCUCGUCGACAAGCUUGUUGCCCUCGACAUCGAUGUCCUAGGGAUCAAGGACAUGGCCGGUGUCCUCAAACCCCACGCCGCUACUCUCCUGGUCGGCUCUAUUCGGAAGAGGUACCCCGACCUGCCCAUCCAUGUCCACACUCACGACUCUGCUGGUACCGGCGUCGCCUCCAUGGUUGCUUGCGCGAUGGCUGGCGCCGACGCUGUUGAUGCCGCCACCGACAGCAUGUCUGGCAUGACGUCUCAGCCCAGUAUCAACGCCAUCCUUGCCUCCCUCGAUGGGACUGGCAAGGACCCUGGCCUCAAUGUUCACCACGUCCGUGCCCUCGACACCUACUGGUCUCAGCUUCGCCUGUUAUACUCUCCUUUCGAGGCUCACCUUGCAGGCCCCGACCCCGAAGUAUACGAGCACGAGAUUCCGGGUGGCCAGCUUACCAACAUGAUGUUCCAGGCCUCUCAGCUCGGCCUUGGCUCCCAGUGGCUUGAGACGAAGAAGGCUUACGAGCAGGCCAAUGACCUCCUUGGUGACAUUGUCAAGGUUACCCCUACCUCCAAGGUGGUUGGCGACCUUGCGCAGUUCAUGGUUUCCAACAAGCUCUCUCCCGAAGACGUCAAGGCUCGUGCUAGCGAGCUAGAUUUCCCCGGCUCCGUGCUCGAGUUCCUAGAGGGUAUGAUGGGUCAGCCGUACGGCGGAUUCCCAGAGCCUCUCCGGACAAAUGCUCUCCGCGGGCGCCGCAAGCUGGACAAGCGGCCCGGCCUGUUCCUGCCGCCCGUCGACUUCGCUCAAGUCAGGAAGGAACUCGCUCGCAAGUUCGGCGGCACUGUCACCGAGUGCGAUGUCGCUAGCUACAUUAUGUACCCCAAGGUGUUUGAGGAGUACAAGAAGUUUGUGGCCAAGUACGGCGACCUGUCCGUCCUGCCAACCAAGUAUUUCCUCUCCAAGCCCGAGAUUGGCGAGGAGUUCCAUGUCGAGCUCGAGAAGGGCAAGGUGCUCAUUCUCAAGCUUCUGGCCGUUGGCCCUCUGUCCGAGAACACGGGUCAGCGUGAGGUGUUCUACGAGAUGAACGGCGAGGUCCGCCAGGUGACGGUCGACGACAGGAAGGCGUCUGUCGAGAAUGUCAGCCGGCCCAAGGCUGACCCUGCCGAUUCGAGCCAAAUUGGCGCGCCCAUGGCUGGUGUGCUGGUUGAGCUGCGGGUGCAUGAAGGUAGUGAGGUCAAGAAGGGCGACCCGCUCGCUGUGCUGAGCGCCAUGAAGAUGGAAAUGGUUAUCUCGGCAUCGCAUGCCGGUAAGAUAGCUGGAUUGGUGGUCAGGGAAGGUGACUCGGUGGACGGUUCCGAUCUUAUCUGCCGCAUUGUCAAGGGUUAGAUGGACAGCAAGCAGUGCCUAAUGGCUAUGUCCGGGUAUUUCUUAGGAUGUUCUAGGGCUGUAGUUCAUAUUUUGAGUGAAUAAACAGUAUUAUGAUCCA